AUGUAUCGGUAUAAUAAGCGCAACAUGUCCCUGGAGUUGCUACGCGAUCUCUACGAGAGCUGGCUGAUCCUGGCCAUGGGCAUGCUGGUUCGCUGGAAUCGCUGGCGUCCGCUGAGCAAUGCCAUCAUAUCGCCACUGGAUCCCAAGCCGUACGCAAUUGGCGACAAUGAACGCUGGGCGGAUGUCUACUUUGAAUGCGGCCUGCUCCUGGCCAUCUUGCAGUACCGACCACUUUGGGUGCGGCGGUGUCGCCAUCGCGUCCGCCUCCUGAUGCUGCUGUCCGAGAUAGUGCUGCUGCUCCAGCUGGUGCACUGGAUCGAUUGCCAGCCGUGGCAAUCGUUUCUGGGCAUCGUCGAGGAGCUCUUCCUCGCCCUGGGACGUGGUCAGUGGGGCUCCUCGUUCCUUCGCUGUCCGGCCGAGGUGCGCACUCUGCUCCUGCGUGGCUAUGUCUUCGAUGUGUUCCGCCUGCUCUCCUCGUUCGGCAUCUUCUCCGUUGCCCUAAACUCGACAGCUGGUGAGUGGAGGGUGUCCCUGGACUUCCUGCUGAUCGGCUGUUUGCCAAAGAGCUCGGUCAGGAGGCGGUGCCUCUAUGUGGACUACAAGAAGAGGGACUUCGAGCGCAGAUGUAAUGGACUGCCGCCAAAUCCCCCACCCGAGCUCCUCAUUUACAAACGUAUGUGCUGCCUGUGUCUGCAGCAACUCAAAUCCGCACCCAUGGCCCCAGAGAUUCGGAAGGAGCAGUGCCAUUCAUACCUUUCUAUUUUAUUUACUGCGGCUAAUGCGUUCAAAUAA